AGUAAGUUGGUCAUUGCUGUGACUUCCUGCUUUUUGAGGGAGUGUUGAUAUUCUCCGAUACUGGCCGUGUCAUUUCUAAGCCUCCACCAUGUCAAAGUUCAUAGAAAAAAUGAAGAAGAAGAAGAAGCCUAGAGCAAAUAGUAACACCGAUUCUUCCCCAGGAUCGAGUAUUGGUGCACCUUAUGAGUUUAAACACAAUCUCCAUGUUGGGUUUGAUGCGAUAUCCGGAGAUUUUAUUGAUUUACCAGAACCUUGGACAAAAUGGUUGGGUGUUUCAAAUAUCACAAAAGCAGAACAAACCGAAAACCCCGAUGCCGUUUUAAAUGCUUUGAAGAUUUUCGACAAGUUGGACAAGUCUAUGAAGAAGAAAGGGACCAAGUACAUGGUGAAUCAGACGAUCUGUUCCAAUGAUGAUGAGGAUGAAUACCCUCAUAUUGCAGCUGCUAAACCUUGUGAUGGUGAUGAGGCAGUUGGAGGGUCCACAAAUCUACCCUAUGCUGAUGAAACAGUAUCAGAAACAUCGGACACAAACCACAAUAACGACGGUGUGAAAGAUGCUAUCAACGAUCUCGAGAAAGACGUCCAACAUAUGAAAACACAAGAUGAACCAGAGGAAAAGUUCGAGAGACGACAACGGAAGUCAACGAAAAAGAAAAUGUCGGAGGAGGAGAUAAUGUCUGCUUUACAUGCGAUUUGUGACCCUGGUGACCCAAUGGAAGUGUACAAGGUUGGCAAGAAAGUUGGAUCAGGAGCUUCAGGCACAGUCCACAUGGCCACAAACCUGAAGACAGGUGAACCAGUUGCCAUCAAAAUGAUGGACUUGAAGAACCAACCCAAGAAGGAACUCAUCAUCACAGAGAUCCAGGUCAUGAAAGAACACAACCACCCCAAUGUUGUCAACUAUGUAAAUAGUUACCUUGUCGACGAUGAGCUGUGGGUCGUUAUGGAAUACCUGGAAGGUGGCGCUCUCACAGAUGUUGUGACCGAGACGGUGAUGAGCGAAGGACUGAUAGCUGCUGUUUCGAAAGAGUCCCUGAAGGCCCUGAAGUUUUUACACGAUCGCAAUAUCAUCCAUCGUGAUAUAAAGAGCGAUAACGUUCUCUUGGGAAUGAACGGGCAUGUUAAGUUGACAGACUUUGGCUUCUGUGCCCAGAUUGCAUCAGAUGCAAGUAAACGAACCACAAUGGUUGGAACGCCUUAUUGGAUGGCUCCUGAAGUCGUCGGGAGGAAACACUAUGACAAGAAAGUAGACAUUUGGAGUCUUGGCAUUAUGGUUAUGGAGAUGAUGGAUGGUGAGCCACCGUACAUGAAUGAGACACCACUUAAAGCCCUUUAUCUUAUUGCCACGCAUGGAAAACCCAAAGUAAAGGAUCCGGAGAAAUAUUCUGAGGAACUGUUGACAUUUAUCGAUAGGUGUCUAGAAGUGAGCAUUGAGAAACGUGCUGGUGCAGCGGAACUUUUACAGCACCCUUUCUUGUUGAAAGCAUCCCCAUUGAUUAAAUUGAAACCACUCAUAGAAGCUGCAAAGGAGCAGGUGCAUAACAAGGACUGAUCUGGAUGGAAGACAUUACAACUUGCAUUGAGAAAGUUGUUAUAAGUGUUAGUUUCGAAUGACAUUUGGGUGCAAUAUGCAGUAGAUCUUAUUAUCCACCGUAGACAUUAUUGUGAUAUGUAAUCACCAUUGUGGGCUUGUGUGGAUUUCUUUAUUCCAAAGUUACCUAAAGAAUGAAAGAGUUGGCAACAAAAACAUGGCUAGUGCUAGUGCUGUGAGAGUCGAUGCCUAAUGACUUCACAAUAAUAUUACUUUAUCUCCGUUCAACUCCUAUUUGGGGUGGACAAAAAUUUUUGUUUUUCUGCUGUAUAUGGAUCCAGAAAGAAAUUUAAGCACCACACAAUAAACGAUUUUUGUUAUAUGACAUAAUAGCUUGGUGACAGGACCAGAGGAAACCUGUUUUCCGCAAGCCCUUGCGCAGAUCGUGGCUGAUGUGGACAACUUUAGUUUUGUCUGUAGGAUUAUCAAAACCCUAGGUACUUCGUUCAUAUGGGACUUGUGUAAAGAAGAAAAGAAUUUGGUACCUCUUUUCAUUGCUCUACAGCUGUCAAUAGGAUGUCGGGUAACUCCUGCCCACAAAUGUGUGUUUCCUAUUUUGAACAUGUACUUAUUAACAUAUUGCAGUUUAGAAGAUAACAGAUAACCAAUAUUUAUCAUCGUUUCUUGUCUUGAAAAUGGAUGAUGUGUACAAUAUUGAUUGUUAUUCACGUUGUGGAGAGAUGUCAGUCAUACCUGGAAGACUACAAACUUCCUUAUUGUGCUGCCAAUCUCCACAUCUUGUGCACAUUGCAUUGAAUGCAUUUUCCCUUGUACUCCCUGGUUGUUUUGGGAGUGCCUCCCUGAUUUGCUGAGGAAAUUAAAUGGAAUUUUCAUUAACCUCCCAAAACUUUGUUUUUGACUGCCUGGGUUUUCAUUCCUACAGGUUGGCAACUCUGAUUGUUGGCCUACCUUUUAUGCAUUGGGAUUCCAGUUUGUUUUUUUUAUAUAAUGGAGUAUUUUCUAAUAAAAGAUUAAACGGUUGAAUGCUAUAAAUAUCCAAGAUUAAAGAUAUUUAUCUAUUUUCAUAUUUUUGUAGACUGAUUAUUAUAACAGAUUUUUAUAUUCCUGAUGAUUUAUUACAUUUUGAAGAAUAUACGUAAGAUGUUAUUGAUGUGUGAUUAUGAGCACCAUUCCAUGUGACACUGGUUUUCUGCGACGUAAAAUGUUUUGAGGUGGAGUGCAUAAGCCACCUGUGGAACUGUUGAAGUCCAUCAUUCAAUGGCAUUAUGCAAAGAUAUUUGUGAUAGGAUAGUGCAUUGUACCAUUGCUUGUACCAAUAGCUCAUCAGGAAUAAUUAGAUGAUUGUUAGUAGCCACAUGUGCCCAAAUUUUGUAUGAACCCAGCUGCUGUGUUUAUUUUGAUACUAAAGUAUAAUGUGAUCUUAAACACUUUUGUGGUGUAAUUUUGCUAAUACGGUACUUUGUUAUUCUGGUAGCUCAUCGGUGCAGUGCUUCCAGAGUUUCAUUCUGGAGGAACAUUUUCGGUAUGGGGCAUGCCUUAGUCCGAUGACUCAAUUCGUUUGGGUGUGUUCCAGAAAUCACAUUCCUCUUUUAAAGUCAGAUUCCUUCCAAAUUAUGGCUGUCUUUGCGGUCCAGUGUGUCGUGAUGCAUUGUACAACAGACCACAUUUGCAGUCUAAUGAUGUCAAGACUCAAUGUAGGCCCCAGACACAUAAAACAUUUUCAUGAGUGCUCUGUAGUAAAGUGGUUUAAACACAUUGGUUCUGAAGAGAAAGAGCAGUACUACUGAAUUAAAAAUGGUACCAAAGAACAAAAAUGGGGCAUAAAUCAUUAUAAUAAGGAUGUUAGUGUGAGAGUUAUUUUUUUCAGCAAAUGACCUUUGGUACCAAAUGGAGUUUCUGUUGAUAUUACUACCAUUAGUUGACCUAAUUUUAUACUGCAUACUUUGUAAAAUGCCCGGUUUACGAUAUGUGUAUAAAUCUUGAUAUGGACAUUGCCGUUAGGAUAUUUUUGUAAUUGUAUUAAUAACGUUUUUAACUCUGUAAUGACAUUUCAUGUGGUGCUACAUUUGUAGACAUAGUUGUAAAUGUAGGGUACAGUUUUUGACCCUACAACAGAAAAAAUCUCUCAUCCACACUUACUGACAUGGGGUAAGCCAGCAGAAAAAACUAUGGAGUGCCCUUAGAAACAUGCUGUUGAAAAAUGGUUCUGUAGAGCUUAAAUGUGAAAGCAGGGUGUUUGGAUUUCACUUGGCAUUUUGAAAAUCCCCCUGUUCCAUAACUCAGCUUAGAUUACUUAUAAACGUGUGGUUAAGUUCUGUUGCUAUCCAGAGCCUGAGCCAGCUCACCAAACCCUUUUUAUAAUAAUACUAAUAGCAGAUAUGGAGAUAGCUGCUAGUUUUCUCUGUUGCAAACUUAUUCAUAAGAAAAUCCGAUCAACAAAUUUGCUUUUGUUACAAUUUCCAGACAGAAUGAGAAUUCAUGUUCUGUAGGGAAUGAUGAAAAAUUGCUGCAUUACAAUCGCUCCAGAAGAUUAAUUGUUUUAUAGACCUUAUGCUUAGAAAUUCUCAUAUCAUAAGCCGCACAAAUGGUUCAGCUAGUGCGCUGGUCGUGCGAAACCCCCUUUAAACCAUCGGAUCCCCUGCUACAAUGUACGUUUAUAGUUACAGUGUUACUUGUAUCAAGAAUUGAUAAAGACUAUUGAUUCUUGCUUGUAUGAAUUCCAGAGCGAAUGAACAUUUUCUGUCAAGAUGCUGCAUGGCAUUGUGUACAUUAAUGUAUAUUAUUGCUAUAAUUGAGAAUAAAUACAUACCUACAUGUAAGAGUAA